AUGUCCAAAGAGUCCAAGAAGAGAGCUGAAAGAUUCUAUGUGCUGAAGGGUGAAGCGACUACGGGAAUGCCGAUGCUCGUGAGGAAUGUGGAGUUGGAUUUAGCCUGCUUCGGUUUACACCGAGUCGAAGCAUUCCUGAGACCCUCGGCAGCUAUGAACGCAAACGUCGCAAGGAAGUAA